AUGGAGGCGGCGCCGACACAGUGCCAGUACUCGUACAAAGUGUGCUCGCACCCCCGGUCUCGAAAACGCAACGGAAGUCUGCACCAGCUCUGCGAGUUUCACCGCCAAAAAGCCAACCGGAUCCAGCAAGUCUACACCAACAAGAAGCGCGCGCUAAAGGUGAUCGAGCCCGUGCCGUUCGCAGCCGCUGAGACCGCCGUCCCUGUCGACGAAAUCGAACUUUUAGCUGCCUUGCUACUCGAAGACAAUAAUGAGAACGCAUGGGCGUCAACCGACGGCCCGACCAUGACGGCAGACGAAACCCGCAUUUUGUACGAGCUCCUCCAUAGCACCACGCCUGCUUAACCCUCCAUGACUUUUGUAAAACUUGAACUCUCCAACGCCCGACUUUUGUAAAACUAUAAUUUAUACCAACUCAUGCCAACUCCC